AGUCGGAGCACGUUUAUCGAAAUGGAUGCCAUAUUUGUUUAUACGUUUAACACGGAACGCCGUUGCUCUUUGAUGAACAACAGUUACAGAGUUCAAUCAUUUUGACGAACUUUGCUACUUUUGAAAUGGACUCACUGAGAAGCUGAGAUUUCUCUUCACCAUGGGAACUCUAUAUGAGUGUCUACGUGAAGCAAGACUAGAGAAGUAUUAUCCAGCAUUUCGUGCAAAUGGCAUAAUGCAUUCACAAGAGCUUGCUCAUGUAACAAUGGCAGAGUUUGCUGCUAUGGGUAUAUCAGGUACAGAAGACCGACGUCGCCUUACAGAUCUUGUAAACAUCAUCAAAACAGUCAGCAGGAGCAGAAGCAACAGUGGUAAUUCUAGCACCAGUCUGUCACACAGACGCCUUGCAAGUCCAGUCUCAAAACAUACUCUACCUCCUCACACCAUGGUUCAGUCCAACAGAAAUUCUCUUCGGAACAAUGGAAGUCCAAUAGAGGGAGCUGCUGGAGAUAACUUAUCAUAUUUUCAAGUUGAGGGAGUCAGACUUGAGCCAACUCGCAAUGUAAGUGUUCGGGAGCGGGGACCCAAUUUCUCAGCAGCGUCAUAUAUGGACAUGCUGGACAUGAUGUCAGACAGCAGCCACUCUGAUGCUAGUGAAAACCACUCACAGUCCUCAGAUGGAGAGACUGGAUCCCAACCUUCUAGGACCACUAACCCUGCUCCAAGUUUGUCAAACAGAAUGCUGAGGAAAAUGGCUGCAGCCUCUUUUGAGAAGGUGCGCCAUUCAAGACCAAAGGGAUACAACUAUGGUGUUCCUUCCAGCAAGGACUCUGUCAAAAUAAAAGCAAGAAGUUGGAGAGUAAGCAAGGUAGAUGAACGGAUUCGUGUGUGUGUCCGCAAACGUCCACAAAAUCGGCGAGAGAUAAGAAGUUCAGAUGAGGACAUCGUAAUAGCUGAGAGCACAAAUACAGUUCUAGUGAUGGAGCCAAAAGUGACAGUAGACCUUACAGCUUUCACUCUGAAGCAUGAGUUUGUCUUUGAUGACGUCUUUGAUGAGCACUGUUCAAAUCAAGAUGUUUAUAUCCAUGCUGCCCGACCCCUCAUCAACACAGUCUUCCAUGGGAGCAAUGCCACAUUCUUUGCAUACGGUCAGACAGGAGCUGGUAAAACACACACUAUGUUAGGGAACCAUGAGACUCCAGGCCUGUAUCAACUAGCAGCAGAAGAUGUUUUCAAAAUAAUUACAUCAGGACAACAUGGGCCUAAUCUUCAUGUCUGGGUCUCAUUUUUUGAAAUCUACUGUGGACAGCUCUUUGACUUGCUCAACCACCGCAACAGACUGGUCGCACGAGAAGAUGGAAAUCACCGUGUAUGCAUUGCUGGGUUGACAGAGACUGAAGCAACUGAUGUAACUACACUGAUACAGAUACUCGACUAUGGAAACUCUGUUCGCAGCAAAGGAGCAACAGGUGUAAACUCUGAUUCAUCACGCUCUCAUGCUAUACUCCAACUAGAGAUUCGUGAUGCUGAUGAUACUCGGCUAGGGAAAAUUUCAUUCAUUGAUCUGGCUGGAAGUGAGCGAGCCUCUGACAUGAUAGAUACUGAUCGUCAGACAAGGCUAGAGGGUGCAGAAAUCAACCAAAGUCUCCUUGCCUUGAAGGAAUGCAUACGAUCAAUUGACCAAGAGAGCCGCCACACCCCUUUCAGACAAAGUAAAUUAACUCACAUCCUGAAGGAUGCCUUCGUGGGAAAUUCUCGCACAUGCAUGAUUGCAAAUGUGUCACCCACACAGUCAGCCUGUGAACACACACUAAACACAUUGCGAUAUGCAGAUAGGGUGAAACAACUGAAAAAAGAAAGUCCAAAUGUGAUGAGUAGCUCAGUGGGUCAGGCUAUGAACCUGCUGAUGAAUAUACCUCUUACUACGCCUUCUUUCUUUCACCCAACCAAUGUAUUGUCCACAUCAACACCACUGCGUCCACACCCAUCUAGAUCCAGCCACUUAAAUCCUGCUGCAGACAUGACUUUUGACCCUGCAGAGACACCAAUACGGGGUCACCAUAUUUCCCAGCGCACCACUCCCAAGGCAUCUUCUCGGCAGCAGCAAGGUGCUGUGGGGAGAGGUCCCGCAAAAUCUCGAGCGAAAGAUACCUGGCUGCCAAGGCCAAGGAUGCAGCCUGAAGCAGCAGCAUCACAGGCACCGCCUCCUCCCCAUCCUGAAGCCUCGCCCAGUGAAUCAGAGCAGACUGACACUGAUUCGUGCAACAUCACCCACCUAACUGAGAUAAGACCUGGCCCAUCAGAACCCAAUAUUCCAGUCAUCAGGUCCACAGACACAGAGUUUGAGUUUCCAACCUCUGACUUCAACAACAUCGAUGAGCAGCUCAAUGACCUCAAUCAAACAGGAGACAAGGCAAGGUCUCAAUUAUCUGAAAUACAAGCAAAACCUGAUUCUGCUGCUUGUGCCAGCAGCAGCAAAAACGGCAACUAUCAAGAGAAGCAGAUUGGUUUACAGAUGAAUCCUUCAAGCGAAAUCCUUCCAUCUGGUCAAACCAAGCAUGCAUCAGUCCCAUCUGUGCAAGCACCGCCAGAUACACCCAGGCAGGAUUCAGUAUCAGACAGCUCCCUGCCGCAUGGUGGUCAUCAGGGAACUCCAAAAGAUGCAACAGAAACUCAAGCAGCAAGUAAAGAACAACCCAAAGCAUCACCACUUGCAGAACACCAAAGUACCACUGACAGCUUUGAUGAUGAAAUGCUUUUUGGUGGGCCCUUAAUGUCAGGACCUCCUCAGCAAGAACCAGCACAUGUCAGUGGGCCUUCAGUCAGAUCAGAGGGUCUGUGGCUGCAGAGGGCUAACUUGCAGGAGAUGGGACUGCCUGCAAUGCAAACAGCCAUUAGUUCAGACUUGACCAGUUUUGCUCAGAGGUCACAAAUGAGAGUUGAACUAGAAAGGGGUACAAGAUUAGAGCCUAAGACUGGCUUAAAAAAUGAUAAGAAAUAUAGUCCAAGAAAAGUUGACGACUUCUCAGGAGCACCAAACAUGCCAUCUCCCAAACUGGCUGAUGUAACUGAUUUAAGUGGUAUCAGUAGUGGCAACAAUGACAAGACAGGAAGUUACAGUGUCAGAUCACAGUUCUCUCCUGUUUCUUGUGGCAGUCCAGAUUUAUCUUCAGGACAGACAGUGCAAAGACAUGACCUACAAGAAAAUAUUUCUCAUGAAUCAUGUAAUCCUCCAAAAAGUCCAUCAGAAGCGUGGUCUGGUCAUACUGAGUUUGAAAAAUGGAGGAAAGGAAAAACAAAAAACGAUAGCAGUGCUGUAGAGACUACCACAGGAAAUGGAAGAAAUCAGCCAGCGAUGUCAGUUGUUUCUACAGAGAGUGACACACAGUCACAGAAUAAUACACAUUACAAACUGAAAAGACCAAAGGGAGAUACAAACUAUCAAAAGCAAAGAGCUGUUUCUGAUGUCAGAGGGACACAUUCUGCCAUAAACUCAUUUCUUUGUUCAGGAACAGGUGUCCAAAUGGCAAAACUGACAUCAUCAGCAGUCACUACAGAAAAGCUGGUACCAGGAGCAGUGUUUUCUCCAAUUCAUCCUUUUCCAGUCAGCACAAACAUGGCACAACCAGGUACCAUAAAUGUCAGUGUUGUUCAGCCAAAACCUCUGACAGGUGUUCUUGCAUCAUCAGCUGUGAGUGGCACAGGUUCCUCGGGUGCCAUUUACACAGAUAAUGAGAGAGAAGAAGCCAGGGUAGCACUGGUAGGACAUCAUGAAGAACAGUUGGCAGCCAUCACCUCAUUAUGCAAGCAGGAAAUGAAACUUCUUCUUAGUGCCAAGAAACUGGGACAGAGAAGUUUUGAAGAGUAUCUGCACCGUGUUGGUAUUAUACUUGCUCAGAAAAUGUCAGCCAUCAACCACCUUCAGAACGAAAUAGGUCAGUACCAAGCCAGAUUUAACCCUUCCUGCACUUCAGAUUCUGUUGCAGCAGCAGCAGCAGCUUCCUCCAUUGUGACUACCAAUAAUAUAUCCCAGCAUUCUUAGACAGUUUAUAAUAAUUACCUUUGACAUUGCCCGUUGAGCAUGUCUGUGAUCCAGAAUACAAAGUGUGUGAAGUUUUUAUAUUGAUCUCAUGGUUGUUCAGUCAGCUUAAAAAAUAAAAAAUGCAUUUGACAUUUGAGCUGGCACAACAUAGCUUUUAUGCAGAGUGACUUUUGAAAAUAAAUAUUUAUUUAUUUGAUGUCAAGAUUUCUUUAUGUACUUGUCUUUUCUGUAUGCAAAAAUAAAAUGAGCUGGAACAGAAAUAAAUACCUUUGUAAGUUAAUGGACAAAAUGUAAGCAAACUAUUGGUUUUAUUGUCACUGUUAUUUUAUAGUUACUGUUCUGUUAAUGUUUAUCAAGCCACCUUUGUUGUAUGGCUUGGAGUUAUGAGGUGAAAAACAUAUAGGCAGGAAAGGAAGAUAUUUUUGGGGCAUGAUGUCAUGAUGAUCACAAGAGGAAAAAAGUGAGUAAAAUAAAGAAAAUACUAAUUUUUAAAAAACAAAUAUGAUAGUCUUAGAUAACUUGAAAUAACUAGUAAUAACUAGAAAGUUAUUACAUGAUCAUACUGAGAAAACCAAGAACACUAAUAUGUGCAGAAACAUAACUCUAAAAGUAAUGGAAAGCUUGUCUCACUCAGUUGAAAUUUUAAUCUCUGCAGUAUUGCCUCUUCCUCUUCCUCAUUAAGAUAUCACAUGACCGGAAGAAACCUGUAUAAGGUGUGGGGAAACACUUUGUAAAUGAACUGUAUAGUGCAUGCAUUGUUCUAUUAAAUACCGUUUAUUUAUUGUUAAUGUUGAAGCAUGACCUACCUGUGAUAACACUUACCAAAGCAAAAGCCCAUAAUUUUAAAAAAAAAGAUCCAUCAUUUUUCAAGUUGCACUGAAGAAAUUUAGAUAUUUUACACAAUUUGAAAUUAAAUGCAUGUGUGUUUGAAGAGAGACCUGUUUGCUUUUUAAUGAAUGAGAGUAAAUGUAAGUUAUUUUAAUGCAAGUACUUUUCAGUAUGGAAACCAUGCAGAUGGUUAUGAAAAUUUGCUGAAUUUACUGUAUGUCAAUACGAGGCAGUGAUUACAAUAUAUUAACACAUUUCAGUAAAGAUUGGGACUGAAAAAAAAUAAAAGCCACAGAAUGAUAUAUUGUGUGAAAUGUCUUCUGUGGAGAAACAUUGACAGCAUGUGAAUCUAAAUGUAUUCGUGAAUGAUCUAAUACACUGCUUAUGUUUGAAUGAUGUGAACACUUUAUAAGGCUGACUUGGUCAUUGUGUGGAACAUUAUUGUAGGAUGGAUUUUAUUUCAGCUGACAAUGUAAAUAAUUAUGAUAGUUUGCAUGUCCUUCAGAGAGCUGUUAAUUCUUAGAGAAAGUCAUUUCAGUCUGUCUCUGUCACUGCAUAUCAAGUGCUGAACAGACUAUAGCAGUCUUAUGUCACCCCUCCCCAGAGUGGACCUCGAGGUGAAUCCAGAUAUACAUAUAUGCUCAGAACUUAGCCCUAGUCACUGUUUUUCUAUAUAAUAGCUAUAUCCACUCAAAAAAAGAUAUUUUCAAACCAUGCAUCUUUUUUGCACUCUUUUGCUUGUUAACUGGCUGAUUUUUCACUUGUUUCAUGCUUGGAAUC